AUGCCUUCAGGUCUCCACGAAGCUCCGAUGGCCAUCAUACAAUCCUCAUUCCACGACUUCUUUUGCAAAAUACCCUACCCCAAGAGGCGGUUUCUCAAAAUCAAUUUGUUAACCAACAUUACAAAAGAUGGCACCAUCCCCGAUCUCAGGAUAUUGAUGCAGAAUGUGCGCAAUCCCCAACUCACCCUCAUUAUCCCUGCCAUUGGCCAGACUGCAUUUACACAACAUCUUGCUUCCUUAUCCAUAACAUUGAGGAUGGCUGUUGAAACCAAUUCAGCACUACUAAUGAUUAUCGUCGCGAUAGUCCAAGAGCUCCAUCCAUAUUCUUCACCUGUUAAGGGUUCAAAUGCAUUCAAUGUGUUGCUCAACAAGCCACAGUGCAGUUGGGAUGACUUUCACCCUGCGGUGUGGCUCCAAGGGACAGAAAGCAUUGAUAUCAAUACCAUUGAUCCAAAUCUAUUCGCCCAGGGGUCUCUCUUUCCACUUGACAAUAAUAUGACUGCUGUGCACACCAUGAUUAACAGGGGUGCCGAAGCGAUCAGGGAGACCCUCAUCAAGCUGUGUCAAAGCAUGGCUCCUGAAAUGGACCUUGUUCCCCUUCGAAAUCCUGAUAUUAAGUUUUGA